AUGAAUGAUUCAAGCGUAGAGCCGGUAGUUAUUGAUCCCUCACUGUAUCCCUACGAGGCUCGCGUCGGAUUAGUUUGCGUGUGGAUCUUGGUUUCCAUCCUCGGCCUAGUAGGAAACAGUCUCGUCAUCUGGUCCGUCAUCCUGUCCAAGAAACUCCGCACCGUGACCAACGCCUUCGUGGUCAACCUCAGCGUGGCUGAUUUCUGGACCAGUCUCUCCUACCCGUGGAUUUCAGUAGCUUUGCUUAGCCAUGGAAGCUGGCCCUUGGCGUCAGAGGUCCCGUGUGUCAUCGCUGCAGUACAGUUUUACACCGGUCUUGGUGCAAGUAUCUACUCGUUGGCCUCCAUAGCUUUGAAUCGCAUGGUUCUCAUCACCCAAUCCAUAGAUUCUUAUAGUUGGUGGUACACCCCGCGAAAAGUAGCCGUCAUGAUCGCAAUGACUUGGGUUAUCCCGUGUAUUGUGUUUUUCCUCCCGCCGCUUCUUGGCAUAGGCUCCAUUGGUUACGAUCCACAAGACAAUACAUGUUCAGAUAAAGAUGGUCACCCAAGAGGCCCUGAAUACAACUUGGCCCAAUCUCUGGGUCUAUACCCAGUCCCAAUGCUCAUCAUCAUCUGUUGCUACACGGCACUCUACAUCCACCUCAAACAACACUUCAGGAAGAUGAAGAAGAAGGACAACAUGCAGAAUAUAAGAUCAAGACAAACCAUCGCAGAAACUUCUGUCAGCUUUUCGGUUGCCCGCGUCAGUACAGCCAGUCCCAUCAACUCAGUGAGCACCUUACAAGACUCCAGCGUGAGACACCGUCAAGCAAUCAGCCGCCAGCAACUAGCCAUCACCAAGAACCUCUUCCUUGUGUUUUGCAUCUUCACAUUGUUACUGUCUCCUUACUUUAUCUCUCUCGCUAUACCAUCCAGUCGUAAGUUUGCUCUUUACGGAGCAACCAUUACUAUUUUCAAUAGCUGUGUAAACCCCAUCAUCUACGCCAUCAGCCACCCACAGUUUAAAGUGGUAAUGAGGAAGGUCAUCAAGUGCCGCUUAUCGGAGAUACCAGAACCCUCGGAUAGUCUGAAGUCCGUUCUGACACGUGUACGCAGAACCUAA